AUGGUCUUCCGCGAGGGGGCCUCAGCAACAGGCCGCUCUCUGCUUCCUCUGCCUGGAGACUGUGGGCCUUCUCCCCCUCCUUCUUCUUCUUUGCCGCUUGACGCAUCUGUCUGCAUCAGAAAAAUGCAUCAUUCUACCCGAGGCUCCGAUGUCGCAAUGGAAGACAAACCCCUCAAACACCAUCAAAAAUGGGCGUGUACGACAUAUUCAACGAAGCAACAGUGGUUUGGGGUUUCUGCCGUGAAGUUUGUAGCUGCCGCCGUCUUACUGCUGGCGACGGCAGAGACCAUACAGACACAAGCAGAAAGAAUAAUAGAGGAGAAGGAAGGGCAGCAGCAGCCGCAACAGCCGCAGCAACAGCAGCAACAGCAGCAGCAGCAGCAGCUCAGAGUAGUAGCAGCAAGAGCAGCAGCAACAAGAAAGAGCAGUUCAGCGCGAAACUUCAGUCUCGUUGCGCCUACUGAACCCUCUUCUCCUGCAAGAGAGCAUAUAAAAGGCGCGUUAGCAAAGUGCCGCUCCCUUUUGCAAGACACCCGCAUUUUCGUAUGCCAACCGGGGCAGGAGUUUCCCCGCAACUUUCCUUCUUUUGUUUCGCACAUAUUAGUGCAGCUGCUGCAGAUGUACUGCCAUAUAUACAGACAACACUUUGACUGGCUGUUGGAGGGCCUCACGCUGCACUUCUUGGAGCAGGCUCAGAGGGAAAUAGCAGAAGCAGAGGCAGCAGAUGACCAGCAGCAGCAGCAGCAGCAGCAGCAACAGCAGCAGCAGCAAAGAGACGCAGCCCUGCUGCAGCAGAAGGGACAGCAGCACAUGCAAGAACAGCAACUGCGCCGUCCCCUUUAA